AUGCCUAGAACCAUCCUGAAUUUCCUUUUAGUCAGCUGCAUUGGCACUCAUGGCAACGUGUCAUUUCACAAGUUCCCACGGGACAAGGUGAUGUUCAAAAAGUGGAUAAUCGCCAUCAAAAGGGAUCCAGGGCCAGACUUCGUGGUCGGCCAGUUUACGAGGGUCUGCUCCAAACAAUUCAAGCCGGAUGACUACAUCCCAAACGUGGCCAGUGGGCGACGCUUUCUGAAAGACAAUGUUGUGCCGACGCAGUUUGUGUUUGCCAAGCCUGUGAAACAGCGUCGACCACCUAAGGAGCGAGCACUGCGCUGCAGCAAGUUUCACAAGCCACCUUUUACAAGCAGCAAGCCUCGACACUGA